AAAAAGCCCUUCUCCUAAAGCUGCCGCCACCCGGACGCGUAAUUGGGAGUGAAAACAUUCACCCGCCGGCUGCUCUCAUCGGGAGGGAAUCGAGCAUUGGUUCUCGCUCGGAAACACUCGGUGUGAGGAGGAGCAACGUUUCUGCCCGCUGCUGUCGAGUGUGUUCUCCCCUCACGCUUAAGGCUGUGUUCGGGCGCCGUGGCCCGCCCCAUCCACACGUGAAGCGGCCGCUUACGAGGCGUUUGCUUCAGGAUGUACACAGAGCAGGAAGCCAAGAAAUUAGGAGUGGUUGGCUGGGUUAAGAAUACCAGCCAAGGAACCGUGACAGGCCAAGUUCAGGGCCCAGAAGAGAAAGUGAAUGAAAUGAAAUCCUGGCUGAGCAAAGUUGGAAGCCCGAGUUCCCGCAUCGAUAAAACAAAUUUUUCCAACGAAAAGGAGAUUUCCAAGCUCGACUUCUCGGAUUUCAACACUAGAUACUAACAGGAGGGAACCUCACUAAGUACAAAAUUCUGACAUUUCUGCUGCAUGAUAAUUACUGUGCCUCAUCAAACAUCACAAGAGCAUUGGGAUGCUUUUCUGUACUAGGGAUAAACAUAAAUGCUCCCUGUUCCCACCAAGUAAGAAUUCCAUGUUGCUGUAUUAGACAUCUUACACCAUGAAUGUCAACAUUUAGUGUCUAAAAUGCCAAUAUCUAAUUUAUUGCAGCUUUGAAAGACGGAUAAAAGCUUAGAAGUGCUGGUGGUUAUUUGUGCACAAUGAGACUUGUUGCAUACAACCAGAUGGUACCUAAUCUUUACACUGUGAGUCAUAUUUCAGAUGAAAAAUAAUAAUAAAAUUAUGUUCUACUGUUUGUAAUCUCACCAAAAAUACAUAACUACAGAACUGGAAUACUUAAGAGUUCUGUGUAACAAGUCUGUUAUAAACCAGGCCCUUUGUGAUAAUUAAUAAAGUUAUAGUGAUAAUUUAAAAUAAUCUUAGUUUGAAAAAAUGUAUGUAUCUAACCAGCUCUGGAUUAAAAUUCUCCAUAGUAAUUCAGAUAAAUCUUGUUCCAAGGUGGUGAAAUAUGACCUCAUGUCCUGUUUUCUCCUGUCUACCUGUAUCUUACAUCCAUGCUGCCUAUAAAGGAUGUUUUAAUCUCUUUG